AUGCCGCCGAACGACACCACCCAGGCUGAAGACGCCGCCCAGCAACGGCCGCUCUUGGCCGACCCCCAUGAGGAGUACGGCGCCACCGAGGGCGGCCCGGACCGCGCCGUAUUGCCCCCCGAAGUCGUCGCCGACGAGCGCGGCGCCGGCACCUUCACUCGCAACCUCGGCGCCGUCGAGGCCUUCGCCAUCGUCAUCAGCAUCGUCAUCGGCAGCGGCGUCUUCACCUCCCCGGGCUCCAUCGACACCAACGUCCCCUCCCCCGGCGCCGCCCUCGUCGUCUGGCUCGUCGGCGGCGUCCUCGCCUGGACCGGUGCCGCCUCCAUGGCCGAGCUGGGCACCGCCAUCCCCGGCGAGGGCGGCGUCCAGCCCUUCCUGCGCUACAUCUACGGCGACGUCUUCGGCUUCCUGGCCGCCUGGACCUGGAUCGUCGCCGUCAUGCCCGCCACCCUCGCCAUUUUGUCCAUCGUCUUCGUCGAGAGCAUCUACUCCGCCGGCGGCGUGACUGACCAGGCCGGCGCCCUCUCCCACAAGCUGUUUUCCAUUCUCAUCCUCAUCGUCAUGAACGGCGCCAACUCCAUCAGCACAAAGGCCAGCACCCGCCUCAACAAUUUGUUCGUGGUGACCAAGUUCGUCAGCAUCGCCGCCGUCGUCGUCGCCGGCCUCGUCGUGGUCAUCAUCCAGGCGGCCGACCACGACCGGGAUAUUGGCGGCCGCGACUGGUUCACCAAGCCCUGGUUCGAGAGCCGCAAGACGGUCCUCCCCGGCGGCGAGGAGAUUGACUGGACCAAGAUUGGCGCGUGGGACAUGCUCGGAUUCUACUCGGCUGCUCUGUACGGCGCCUUGUGGGCGUACUCUGGCUGGGACAAGGCCAUCUACGUCACGGCUGAGCUGCAACAGCCCGCCCGCCAGCUUCCUCUCGCCAUCAACUCCGCCGUCCCGACAAUCAUCCUGUGCUUCCUCGCCGCCAACGCAGCCUACUACAUCCUGCUGCCCUGGUCCGUCGUCUCCACUACAGACAGCGUCGCCGUGACCGCAAUCAACCGCCUCCUCGGCCCCGCUUUUGGCAUCCUCGCCGCCGUCCUCAUCUGCCUCGUCGUGGCCGGCUCCCUCCUCGGCAACUCCUUCGUCGCAGGCCGCAUGACCGUCGCCGCCGCCAACUUUAACUGGCUGCCCAAAUUCCUCGGCGCCGUCGGCCGCCUCGGCGUCACCUCCGACGCCCUCUCUUCCGAAGAGUCUUCCUCGGAUGGCGCCCCGGCCAAGGAAAAGUCCGACGCGCCCCUCAACGCGCUGCUGCUCUCGACCGUCCUCUCGGCGCUUUACAUCCUCUUCGGCAACUUCCGCGCCCUGCUCACGUUCAACGGUCUGGGGGAGUACACCUUCUUCUUCCUGACCGUGCUCGGGGCCGUCGUGCUGCGCGUGCGCGAGCCCAAAAUGCGCAGGCCGUACAAGCCGUUUGUCCUCAUCCCCGUUGUGUUUGCGCUUGUGAGCGGGUUUGUUGUUGUGCGGGGCGCCAUCUUCGCACCGGUGCAGGCGGUCAUUUUGAUUGUCCUGUGGUUGGUGGGGUUGGGCUUCUACUGGGCUAGACGGAAGUACGCUGCUAGAAGCGCGAGGACUGAGUAG